AUGGCUGAGGUGACCAACAACGGUGAGUUGUCCAAGUCUGCCAAGCGCCGCGCCGCCAAGAAGGCGCGUGACGAGAAGUUCGCCGAAGAAGCGGCGCCGCCGCCUGCUCCGGAGCCUGUGCCGGAGAAGAAGCCGAAGGCAAAGGCUGCGGCUACGCCGGAGCCGAAGGCCAAGGCCAAGGAAGCCCCGAAGGCGGCGGCGAAGCCCAAGGCGAAAGCCAAGGAAGAGCCGGCCAAGCCGGAGCCGAAGGCCGCUGCGGCCAAGGGCAAGGCGGCCGCGAAGGCCCCGGCUGCCCCAGAGGCUGCGAAGCCAAAGGGGGCAGCGAAGGCAGAUCCCAAAGCAAAGGCGGGGGCCAAGGCGCCGGCCCCUGCGCCGGCGGAACCCAAG